GGGCUUUCGUAGAUGCAUGCCUGGUCUUCCGUAUCGGUAGAGUGGUCACUGGAACUGUUAACUACGCAUACACUGUGUAUAUAAACUGGUCUUAGCAUCCUAUAUAACGAGAAAACCACUUUAAUACUACUCGCUGAUAAAAGCAGAGACAUAUCUCUGAUUUUAGCUAAUUUAGUGAAUGAUUGUUGGGAAUAUUGGUGUGGUGCCUCAACCAUAGCAAAAGCACUGCAGGCUGAAAAUGAAGAUUUCACACGUCGAAGCCUCAUUUUCUGAUGAAAGAUCGAUAUAUUUCGCAGGGCAGACUGUGAGUGGGGUACUGAAGUUCCGUGUGUCGGAGGAAUUCGCCGUCAGCGGGAUUGUUUUGAAAUGCAAGGGGAAAUCCCACGUGAAGUGGGAGGAGGAUAAUAUAGUGGACGACGACAAAUACAUUCACUAUGAUGAGCUGUACAUGAAAGACAAAAUCUGUCUCCUAGGAUCGGAGGACUCCAAGGACUAUAAAGAAGAUCUGCAUGUUGGGGAACAUACACAUAACUUCUCGUUCAAGCUGCGAGAAGACUUGCCCACAUCCUUCGAGUCCAAGCAUGCGUAUGUUCGCUAUUGUGUCGUCCUUAAAUUCUACCGAACUGGCUGGAAGAAAGACUACGAGUUCAAACAACCCUUUACAGUACUUAGUGUUAUAGACCUGAACAGCAUACCAGAUGCACUAAAACCUGUUAAUUCAACUGACACGGACACCAUCGGUUGCUGCUGCUGUGAAGAGGGUCCAGUAAGGUCAGAGUUCAAGAUCGGGAGGUCUGGUUAUGUUCCCGGGGAGUCGAUUGUUAUCAAUGCGGAGAUUGACAAUAGGACGUCUAAAGAAAUGAACGAGACAAGGGUAGAAUUGUGGAUGAAAUUGAAGCUGAAAGCAGACUCAGAAAGAAAAAUAAAAAAGACCAAACUUGCAGAACUGAAGCAUGGGCCCACACGUCCGGGGGGUCAGGAUAUAUGGAGCCAGGAGAGACUUCAGAUUCCCCCAUGCCCCCCAACUAUGCUUGAAUUUUGCACAAUUAUUGAACUCACUUAUUAUCUGCACUUUGUUGGAGAUAUCGGGUUUCUUGGUGUGCUUCACGAAGUCCCCAUUCUCAUUGGAAGUGUGCCACUGAAAAACAUUUACUCCAUGCCGGAUAACUGGGGCUUCAUGCCGGCGCCGUCACUAUCCGCCUUGCCUCCCUUAUCAACUCCAGCCGUGGUUGAUCCUGCGGACAUUUCAUUCUCGCCAAUUACAACUCAGCCAGGAGCCUUACCAUCUGCUCCUCCUCCUUCGUACGAGGAAAGUUUAGAGUUUACCGGGACAAUCGUCACUGAGAAAGUUGAAGGCAACAAGAAGGAGAAAGACUUCAAGCCCACGUACAUCUAUUACAAUUUUGGACCUAAUUCAUUUACGAUGUGAAGACUGACAUAAUGACAGAUGCUACCAAGAAUUUUAUUCAUACCGGUAUUAUAUUCAAUGUAAUACAAGUACAUCGAUAUAUUUUGUAUUGCAUGUCUCCAUAUAAUACAAAUAUCGAAUUCGUUGCAGUAUGGUAGAACAUUCGCUUUGUGAUGGUGGUGGUGGUGGGGGGGGGAUGUCAUGAGUUCGAGCCCCACUCUAGCCAAAUCCUAAGACGUAAAAAUAUAUAGUGAUUGCUCGUUCGUCAUACGAUCGGCAGUUAGAAGUGAAAAUUACGGGUUUCUCGGAUAUGACUUAAAAACAGGCUCCGGGUCUAGCAGACGUUGGCACAAAGAACCCUCCCUGCUACGUCCUUAUGAGUGAAAAAUUCUCAAAGGGGCGUAUAACAAAGAAAUAAACAAACCUUAAGUCGACAGUCUAAUUGAAGUUCUUUUCUGACAUGAUUAUUGUGCUGAUAAAUCAAUGUGUGUACGAAAUCUCUCAACGAUGCCAAGUAUGCAUAUAGAGCAAGUUUGACAUUAGCGCCCCCCCCCCCUCCGUUUUUGUUUUUCUCACUGAUUACACACCAAAUUGAGGCGUUAGGAAACUUGAGUUAUAUCGUUCAGUAUCGAGAAGUGAAGACUGUAUUGUAUCAUUAACAAACUUGUGAACCGUGUGGGGCCUUUCGUGUUGUUUUAUGUACAUAUAGAUUGGGUAUUUACAUAUAGUUAUAGAUAAAGCAUCUUCACAAGUCAAGGGUUAUUGAUUCGUUACCUCGCACUAACCCUUGACUUGUGAAGAUGUAGAUAAAGAUGUACAUUACUGUCUAUUAAACUGAUACUUUUAAAUGUU